AAAAAAAAAAAACAAAAAAGAAAAGGUUGCAAGAACCAAAUACAAUCAUUCGCAUUGGGGAAAUCCAUAAUUUAUACGCCGAUCGGAAAAAUUAUCAGCUUAUCAGCAAAUGGCAUCAUAAUUAUGCAUUGUCAUCAGCUAAGGUUCUUUUGUCAUAAAGUUCUCAGAUUUUAUAAAUGACAGAAGAAAAUGACCCUAGCAAGAACUAUUCUUCUCAGUUCAGUGACUGCUAAUUAGUAGAAAAAAAAAAAAUGGAUGCAAUUAAAAGUCUUGAACAAAUUUCAUUGGUGACUGCGUUUACAGUAACGGGUAUUGGUUUGUUCUCUCUGUGGCUCAUCAAUGGUUAUUUGAAGAAAGGCCGUAAAACGACAUCUUCAGGCCUCCCGCCUCCACCUCAGAUACCGGGCUGGCCCGUGAUUGGGAACUUGCUGCAACUGAAAGAGAAAAAACCUCACAAGACUUUCACCAGAUGGGCCGAGAAAUACGGCCCGAUCUAUUCCAUUAGAACUGGCUCCACAUCACUUGUGGUCCUCAACUCUAAUGAUGUUGCAAAGGAGGCUAUGGUUACUAGAUUUUCAUCCAUCUCAACGAGAAAGCUUUCUAAUGCGAUAAAGAUACUUACUUGUGAUAAAAACAUAAUUGCACUGACUGAUUAUGGUGAACAUCAUAAGAUGAUCAAGAAGAAUAUUCUCAAUAGUACUUUGGGACCUAAUGCUCAGAAGCGCCAUCAAAUUCACAGGGAUACCAUGAUAGAAAACGUGUCAAAACACUUGAUAGCUUGCCAGAAAGAGAAUCCUAUGGCAGCUGUGAAUUUCAGGAAAAUAUUUCAGUCUGAGCUUUUUGGGCUGGCAUUGAAACAAGUUCUUGGACAUGAUCUGAUGUCUAUACACAUUGAGGAGCUUGGACAAACUUUGUCAAAGGAGGACAUAUUCAAAAUUUUGGUGGUUGACCCCAUGAAAGGUGCCAUUGAGGUUGACUGGAGGGAUUUUUUUCCAUAUCUAAAAUGGAUACCAAACAGGACUUUCGAGAAAAAUAUCAAACAAAUGUAUUCUCGUAGGCAAGCUGUUAUGACCGCGCUCAUCAACGAACAAAAAGAACGGAUUUCUCGAGGAGAAGAAGUGAAUUGUUACCUCGACUACUUGUUAUCAGAAGCAAAAACAUUGUCUGAACAACAGAUUCUAAUGCUGUCAUGGGAAGCCAUAAUCGAAUCAUCGGAUACUACUUUGGUCACGACCGAAUGGGCAUUGUAUGAACUCGCUAAAGAUCCCGAAAGACAGGAUCGCCUAUAUAGGGAAAUUGAAAGUGUUUGUGGAAGUGAAAAAAUCACAGAGAAAAAGUUGAGUGAACUUCCGUUCUUGUCUGCGGUUUUUCACGAGACUUUGAGAAAAUAUAGUCCAGCUCCCGUAAUUCCUUUGAGAUUCGUUCAUGAAGAUACGCAAAUAGGAGGAUAUGACAUUCCUGCAGGAACUGAGAUUGCUAUAAAUAUCUUCGGAUGUAACAUGGACAAGAAAGUAUGGGAAAGUCCUGAAAGCUGGAAACCAGAGAGAUUUCUCGAUGAAAAAUACGAAACGAUGGAUUUACACAAGACGAUGGCUUUUGGGGCUGGGAAAAGACUAUGCCCUGGUGCCUUACAAGCAAUGUUGAUAUCUAGCUUGGCAAUCGGUCGAUUAAUACAGGACUUCGAAUGGAGGCUUAAGGAUGGAGAAGAAGAAAAUGUCGAUACGCUCGGGCUCACGACACACAAGCUUCAUCCGCUGCAUGCAGUUUUAAAGAUGAGAAAUUGACUUAGCUCAAUCAUGACAUUUGCUUUGGGAUAAGUCAAAAGUUUGGUUCAAACUUUAGGGUUCAUGUGUGGUUUUGUUUGUAUGAUACCUUGUAAGAACACAAAUAAGUUGUAACAGCUUCAUGGAUGUUCAGUAUGUACUAUGUAUGUUCCUCCAAUAUCUUAUCCACAAAUUUUUAUAGGAACACCUCAUUGCAUUAUUAAUGUUCUAUGUUGGAAUGUAUAAAUCCAUCUAUUUCUAUAUCUAUAUAUAUAUCUAUACUAUUAUAAAA